UGUCGCCAUGCUGGCCAGGCUGGUCUUGAACUCUUGACCUCAAGUGAUCCACCUGCCUCAGCCUCCCAAAGUGCUGGGUUUACAGGUGUGAGCCACACACCUGGCCUAGUGCGUCCACCAGUCCUCCCUGGGCCAUGGCUCAGUGCCAGCCCCAGACCACUUCUUCCUGGUGCACCUCUAGGCCAGGGGAGCUUCCCAAAGGAAGGGACUUGCAGGUCUUGCAGGCUGGACAAGGUACUAUAGGAACCCAGGAUUAGCCAGGGCCCUCGUCCUCUUCCCCUCCCUCUUCUCCAGGCAAGAAAAGCUCAGAACAGAAAGGUUUAAUGCUGACUUGGGUGCCUGGGGUGGGACGUGUGGGGAGAGGGGGAGUCAGCCUCUCUCCUCUGCCACCCACUCUGGGGUGGGGGAUCCAGGGCUGAAGGACAGACACUAAGUGGCGAGGGAGGAAGGCCCCACGCCGUGGGCCAGGCCUCUACAUCCUCCACCCUGGCAGACAUCGCAAAGGGGUCAGAGCACUCGCUGUAGAGACAAGCUCAGUCUCUGCCCCCUGCCCACCCUCAGCGAUGACUACCUGUCCCUGGAGGGUCCCCGCUGGCCACUGGCCAUCAGGCAGGCCACACGCUGGAAGUACACACCCAUGGGACGCGACGCAGCCGGCCAGCUGUGGUACACGGGCCUGACCAACUCGGACACCCGGGAAGCCUGGUACAACCUGCCGUUGGACCCGGCCAUCCCCUUCCGCGAGGCCUACAACCGCUGGCAUGGCUGCUACCAACACCGCGAGCACAGCAUGCCAUCGCCCUACACCCAGCACCUGCGGGAGACCGCCUGGCACGACCCCAUCAUCCCUGCCCAGUACCAGGUCCCCAGCACCCGGUGGGGGAGCGCGCUAUGGAAAGACAGGCUGAUCCGGGGCAAGGAAUAUGUGAUCAACAGGAACCGGUACGGGGUGGAGCCGCUGUGGAGGGCAUCAGACUACGUGCCCUCCCUGUCGGCGCCCCAGCGCCCGCCUGGCACCACCCAGAACUACCGGGAGUGGGGUCUGGAGCCAUACUGCCCCUCCACCUGCCAGCGGCCCCUGCCUUCCUCCACGCCCACGCCCCGAUAAAUGCAUGCUGCCAUGACGC